AUGACUAAAAAGAACAAUGGUAACUCUCGUCUUAAGGUAACAACGGCAUGCCAAAAUUGCCAAAGACGAAAGAUUAAGUGUUCAGGUGAAAUUCCUUGUACGUAUUGUCUAAAGGUUGAGCGACCGUGUGAACCUGGUAAGCCAGGUAAAAAGAGAGGUCCACCUCCCGGACAAGAAGUAAUAAGAAGUCGUUCUAGCCGUAUGGAAACCGUAUAUUAUAGUGCCAUUAAAGACCCUCAAUUAAAAGAACAGCUACGACUUUAUGACGUGACGCCUGACACUAGUACGGAAUUAUCCCCUAUCGUCGAACCCCAAAAUGAUUCCGAUGUUACGGUUUCUUCCGAUGCUGGCCUUUCGAAUACUACCACGUCAACGUCUCCUAUUCACAACGUCGACUCUUCCAAUCCCAUUGAAGUUCCUUCCAACCCCGAUGAGGACUCUUCUGAUUCCGCGGACGUUCCAAAUGAACCCAUAAAUAUUAUUGUUAUAUCAGAUAGUUCGGAUUCUUCUUGUAGCACCAUGAAGGGUUCUUCUAGUCCCUCCGAUAGUUCUUUUGACACGGUUGAAGUUUCCGUUGUACCUGAAGUUUUCACUAUACCUGAUGAUGCCAUUAUCCCGGUCAAAGUUUCCUCAAUACCUGAAAUACCUGAUAUCCCAGUUGAGGUUUCCUUGCUACCCGAUGAUGUUUCUUCUAACCCUGUUGAAGUUCCCUCUAUCACCGUUAAAGUUUCCUCUAACCCUGUUGAAGUUUCCUCGGAGCCCGCUGUUGAAGUUUUCUCUAACACCGUCAAAGGCACCUCUAAUCCCGUUGAGGGAUCAUCUAAUCCCGUUGCAGUCUCCUCUAAUCCCGUUGAAAUUUCCCCAAUCCCCUUUAAAAUUUCCACCGACCCUGUUAAGGUUUCCUCUAAUCCUCCCAAAUCUUCAUCAACUUCUUUUAGACCCACGAAAGCUUCUGGCUCCUCGAAAUAUUCUUCAAAGUCCAGAACAAAAUCCUAUUCUAGACCUAUCAUUUCAUAUAUACCUUUAUCUUCUAAACCCAUCGCUUUUAAAUCUGUCGCAAUGACGCCCGUUGCAAUGCCUUAUAAACCCGCCGGAAUGCCUUACGAUACCUCGGGAAAUUUUUAUAAUCCUACUAUUUACCCCACCGGAACUUCUUCCAGCCCCAGUGGUUCUUCUUCUAAUAAACCCACUGGAAUUUCUUUUGAUCCCUCUGGAAUUUCUUUUGGCCCCGCCGGAAUUUCUUCUGAGAUCGCCACGGUUACUCCUGAACUCACCAGAAUUUCUUCUAGUAGUCACAAUGGAAAUUUGUCUAACCCCAAUGAAGUUUCUUAUAGUACCGUUGAUUCUGGACUUCCUUUUAGCAUAGAUAAAGUUUCUUCUAAUUCAGGAUCUUCAGGAAAUAUUGAAAAUACUGAAGUAGAGUCUGAAAUACAGAAGCUUGCAAAGGGCAAAUUACCAGAAGAAUUAGAACUUGCUAGCUUGAUGGCUUGUCUAAGAGAAGGCGAAGGGCAAAAUACUGACAAAAUACAAGCAAAUAAUGACCUAUUACUUAACUUAAGAGAUUCAAAGGACUCUAUAGAUAAAGUGUCUGUAACACGGAGACACAAUAAACUUAGAAAAAUACAGCCGAAACCCCCUCAAAGUAUCAUCAAUAAUAGAGAGAGGUGGAAUAUGAAAGUCCCAGCACAACAAGCUAUGAAAGACUCGGAACAACGAGCUACCACGGAACAACAAGCUACGAAAGUCACAGAACAACUAGUAAAUGAUCGGCAACCGCAACCAGAAAAUCUCGUUCAAGACUCUGAAAAUAAUGAGGAGAAUAAAGAUAAUGAUCACGUGCCAGCAAUGCAGGAAUUGGGUGCGUAUGAGGAUAAUCCUCCAUCAUCGAAGCAUUCGUUACCUUUCGUUACUUGUCUGUCUAACUCGAGACAAGAACUUUUUGAAAAUAUGCAACUUUCACAGAUAAGGGAUAGUAGGGAUACUGUUCCUUCGCAUUACGCAACGAACAAAACGAAUGAAAACCUGUCAACUGUGUGGACGAAAAUACCACGAACAACAACGUCAUUACCAUCCAAAUCAUCUUUACAAUCACAAGUAGGAACCGCUACACGAUUACCACAGUCAUCAUUUUCCAAGUCAUCAACCGAAUCUUCGGGAAGAAUGUUCACAUCAUCAUCGACGUUGACGUCGAUGUCGAUGAAGCCUACAGAGCAAAAUUUACAAAGGGGAUCUAUAACGUUGCCCCCGCUAGUACCAACGGUAUCAUAUCCUGAUUACUCAAAGCCUGCGAAAGUUUCAUCAGAGCUUCCUUUUUCAAAGUCUGAUCAAGUCAUACCUCCACUACAACCUGGGUUGAAUGUGUCAUGGAAUCGGUCUAUAAUUCCGUCGAUGCAAACGAACGUCAAAGUUUCAAGUGACAAACCAAAGGAACCCGCUGAUGGUACAUUUAUUAAAAGUGUCAAACAAAAUGAACGUGUUGAUGUAACUGGUGUAACUUUAUGUACUGAAAAAGACGAUAUAAUACAUGAUUUAACGGAGCAAUCACAAGGUUCCUCUUCGAAAUCUGCUCAAUCUGAAUCGGAGAAAGAUACUGACGAACUGAUGAAUGAUACACCUGAAAAAGUUUCAAGUAUAAAAAAUAGGAAGAAAAGACGCCGAGAACACAAGGGUGAACUUUCGUCAUCUUCCUAUACUCGUCCGAUUAAUGAUAGAAGGCGCUAUCAAAAGCCAACGAGGAGAAUCACUAGAAAUGCUGCUCGAGAGGCUUUGAAUACGCUUCCAAAUGAUAAAAAAAAAUACGUGAGGCGUCGAUAG